GUUGUGUCCUAGUAUGAUCAACUUUCCCAUAUACUAACUGCUGCAGUCAACCAAGUAACAAGCGCAAUGGCACUACGGGACGAACUUUUAAAGUCAAUAUGGCAUGCUUUCACAGCGUUGGACGUGGACAAAAGCGGGAAAGUGUCCAAGUCGCAGUUAAAGGUGCUCUCUCAUAACUUGUGCACUGUGAUGAGGAUCCCCCAUGACCCGGUGGCCCUUGAGGAGCACUUCAAAGAUGACGACGAAGGCCCCGUCUCUACACAGGGCUAUAUGCCCUACUUGAACAAGUUCAUUUUGGACAAGGUCCAGGACAACUUUAAUCGGCAGGAUUUUAACAGAAUGUGCUGGACCCUGUGUGCCCGGAAGAACCUCAACAGAACACAGCUCCUCAUCUCGGAUGAAGACGCCUUCAAGAUCUGGUGCAUCUUCAACUUCCUGUCCGAAGACAAAUACCCACUGGCCAUAGCCACUGAGGAGAUCGAGUACUUCCUGCGCAAGCUGACAGAGGCCAUGGGUGGCAGCUGGGUGGAGGAGCGCUUCGAGGACUACAAGCUUGAGCUUUGCACCAAGCAGCAGUGCCUGAGUGCCUGGGAGAUAAUCACCCUGGUGGGCACUGGCACUUUCAGCAAGGGCAUGGACCGCCAGACCCUCUCUAUGGGCAUCACCGAGGUCUUCCACGAGCUCAUCCUUGACGUAUUCAAACAGGGCUACAUGAUGAAAAAGGGUCACAAGAGAAAGAACUGGACAGAACGCUGGUUCCUCCUGAAGCCCAACUCCAUAUCCUACUACGUGAGCGAGGACCUGGCAGAGAAGAAGGGUGACAUCCUGCUGGAUGGAAACUGCUGUGUGGAGUCGUUACCAGAUAAGGAAGGGAAGAAGUGCCUGUUCUAUGUCAAAUGCUCCGACAAAAGCUAUGAGAUCAGCGCGUCAGAUAAGAAGAGGAAACAGGAAUGGAUACAGGCCAUCCAGACGUGUAUCAGUCUGCUGAAGCUGGGCCGGCCGGCGCCGCACCGCGAGUCCCGCCAGAAGCGGAGGGAGUUGAGGCAGAAACAGCAAGCGGAGCAGGAGGAGCUAGAGCUCAGGAUGAGGGAGCUGCAGACGGCCAACGAGAACAAGCAGCAGGAACUGGAGGCCAUGAGGAAGAAACUGGAGGAGGCGGCGGCCAAUGCGGCAGAGGAGGAGAGGAGACUCCUGCAGACGCAGACUGAACAACAGGAUCGCUACAGGGUGGACCUUGAGAGGGAGAAAAUGGUGCGACAGGAGAUGGAGGAGCAGGUAGCUCAGAAGUCCACUGAGCUGGAGCAGUACCUGCAGCGCGUCCGCGAGCUGGAGGACAUGUACCACCGCCUGGAGGACGCACUGGAGGAGGAGAGAGGCGCCAGGCAGGACGAGGAGACGGUUCGCAGGCUCCAGGCCCGGUUACUGGAGGAGGAGGUGACCAAGAGGGCUGAGCUGGAGCAGAUCCACCUCCACCAGCAGAGGACCAUCACUGAGACGGAGGCGGAGAAACAGGAGUUGGAGAAGGAGGGAACGGCCAAGGAAAGUGCCCUGCAAGCUGCCAUGCUGCAGUUGGAGCAACUAGAGAGUGAGAGGCAGGGGGCACUGGAGCAGUACCAGGAGGUAAUGCAGAAACUGGAGGACGCAGCGAACAACACCAGGACCUGGAAACAUAAAGUGGCCCACCAUGAGGGAUUGGUCCGCCUCAUUCAACCAGGUUCAAAGGGGCCUCAGAAUAUCACUAACUGGGGCCCAGCAGCCUUCACUGAGGCAGAACUAAGCCUGAGGAAGAAAGAUUGGCAGGAGAGGAAGAACCGACCCGCCCAGACCCAGUAGAGCCCCCAUUCAACACACUCAUGGUUGCUGAAACAUUGAUGGAACAUUGAUGCAACUUUGCCCUCAGUGUGAAAUGUUGCGUCUUCAGCAUUCAUUAACUCAAAAGGGAACAGGGAAGGCAGGCUCGCUUUUACACAGAUACCAGGGUUGUGUUCAUUAGGCACCAAAUGGAAGUCAACAAACUGAAACAGUGAGGGCCUACCUAGGCUGUUUGUCCAAUAGGAAAUUGUCUUUUUCCAUUGCAAAUCGAUUUGAAACGUUUUCUGUUUCGUGCCCUAAUGAACACGACCCAGUUCACAGCAGGUGCAGCACAGAUCUUUAUACUACCUGCAUAGCCUGAUAGUAAAAUGAACAGACAGAUUCAAAUUGCUUUCAUAUGAAGGAACUGAAGGAGCUGCACGCUUGACACUAGUAAUUCAAUGUCUGAGGAAGGUGGAGUGUGGUCCGACACGUUAGAUUCCUUUAAUCAAAACGUUUUUGACCGUGUUUUGAUUAUACAUUUUUUUCCUAAGGGAUUUCACAAUUGUUUGUGUCUUUUGUAAAUGUAUAAUUGCAUAAUUUUAAUCAGGUUCCAAUGUUUGGUUCCAUUGCCAAAGUCAUAGCACUUAAUAACCCAUAAAGUAGUAUGAACAAAACUCCAUGUUAACAUCAUCAAAUUUCAUUACUCAUGAAAAUAAUAAUCAAAUAACUAGCCAUCAUAGUGUACUACUCCCAUUUUAUUAAAUGUAAUUUUUGCAUACACAUACUGAGAAAUGGGACAUUUGCGGUGUUACACUUGAAACUUUGCUGCUACACUGUAAUGAAAAAUUGUACAGUAAUCGGAGGUAUUAUCAAUAUUAAAAUACUCAAAGUUUUACGGCAACAUACUGUACAUUAUGGCGCAUUGUGGGAAAAUGUUAUGGGCUAGGAAAGAAUUGCUGUAUUUCAAAUGUUACUGUAAUUUCACCACACAGAAUACAGUACCGUAUCAUAUCUUUGGUGCACCAAAACACCUUUAUUUUUUUAAACCUUUAACUAGGCAAGUCAGUUAAGAACAAAUUCUUAUUUACCAUGACGGCCUACCCCGGCCAAGCCUGACGACACUGGGCCAAUUGUGCGCCGCCCUAUGGGACUCCCAAUCACGACCGGUUGUGAUACAGCCUGGAAUUGAACCAGGGUCUGUAGUGACACCUCUAGCAUUGACAUUCAGUGCCUUAGCCCACUGCGCCACUCGGCAGCCCUCAACAAAUAUUUUGAGGAAUGCCUUGUAAAGGCUGUAUUUGUUGCACCUGUGAGCAAGUGUGCUCUAUCACUUUAACUCCUAUAUGGUUAUAGUGUCCCAUCAAUAGAACUCCCCAUGUUGUAGUCCUAAAUACUGAAAAUGAUUUACUGCCAUCCUUAUGGGGGAAAUUAAUGGGGUUUUGGGAUAAGGUCUGACGUUAACACAGGCUUCGGAGAUCUUAUAUGUUUUAAUCUAUGAGAUAUCAGUCGGGUACCAUAACCUAUGUGCUGUCAUGCUUGUGUUGAUUACAGAAAUGCUUCAAAAUUCACAGUGACGUUUACCCGAUGAAGAAUAUCUCAUAGAACAAAACGUGUAAGGUCGUAAACCUGUGUUUACCACAGACUUUAUUUUCAGCGUUUAUCCAAAACACCUCCAAAAACCUGAUUAAUUUCUCUAAAGACUUUGGCCAACGAGCCAUGGCGGAGUUGGUGCCUACAAAAAGACAUCAUUACUAUUGAUCUCUAUUUAAAUUCUACAGGGGACAGAUUGGAGUGGCACAAAAAUGGUUAAGCAUUGUAUCUUCAUGUCCUUUUGGUCUGUUUUGCCCUGUAGUUCCAGCCAGUUUAAAAGCCUUUGUUGGCCCCUAGAAGUAUGAUAUAAAACACCCAAAUAUUCAUUGAUAGGCUGUAAUGUGUAAACACUUCACCUAGCAACCACCCGCUUGCACCAAUCCUUUGUAAUUACCGUAAAGUACUGUGAAAUACAAACCCCUCCCCUCAAUCAUCCAUUCAUUCAGAUUACGGGAGCAUUUAUUUAUUUUAUUUUAUAAUAGUACAUUUUAAGGUAUUGUACUCUGUCAUUACACAGUACUUUUAUACCGUAUUUAUAUUACUGUAGGUGUACUGGAAUAUGAAAUACAGAUUUUUUUACCUGCCACUGAGCUGCCUGUAACUGCCAAAUUCACAGCAACCCCUUUACAGUGUAGCAAAUUACAGGGCUUUGUAGCACGGUGCCAGAACCACACUCAUGGUGGGGGAUGGAGUUGUCAUUUGUGAAAUUGUCAGUAUACAACUUCUUGUAUUUUGUAGUCGUUAAUGUGUUUUAAAUAGCUGAAGACUGAUUGUUUUAUUACAGGGUUCAAUCUUAAACAAUAAUUGUAUGCAGUUGUUGCAAGGAUGCACACGUAAGUAGAGAACUGAUUGUUGAUAUAUCAUGUAACAAUAUUCACAAUAGAACGUAAUAGACACAAGACCCCAGUCUCUAAUUGCUAUGAUGCUGCCAUUGAAACAAGGGGAAUGGUAUGGUACUUUCAAAUUAUGUACUCCAGGGGGCACUAUAGUUUUAAAAACGCAGGUUAUUCUUCAUUUGGUCAUCUCCUACACAUAAUUGACUUUAAUUUAUGUCAUGGAUAAUACAUGUUAUGCUGUUAACAGUGUGUGUGUGUUUGGGGUCCCUAUUUCCAUUACUUCACUGCACAAACCCUCCACUUUCUAAAAUAUAAUCUACAGUGAGACGUAAACCAAGAUUAUCUGCAUAAGUGUUGUAUUUAUCUGCCGAGAAACUUUAACUUUCGUUCAUAUUGAAAUAAAUCGUUUUUAUAGAUUUUUUGGAAGUGUCUCUAGUCCGUAGCUAGGUUUCCAUCCAAUUGGCCACAGAUUUUCAUGGCAAUAUUAACAAUUCCGAAUAAAGACAAUAUUCGCGUUGUCCCACCAGCGACGUGUUUAUCCAAUUGACCUGUUGUGGAUAAAAGGCUGUGCCGUUAUGAUGUAGUGCACGUAAAAAUACAUUUUCAACUCUACUGAUGUUGUGUUAUACAGCGAGUGUUCCCACCUUAGUAUUGACACAUGCGAUCUAGCCAACAGAUCGCAGAUAUGACCUGAGAUUAUUAUGGCCAAAAGAGCGGCAGCCAAGCAUCGAUAAAGUCACCAGAAUAAGACCCUCGAUAUUUAUUUGUAAAGGCGCAUCAAGCUCAUACCUUUGCACUUUCACCACCCUAUGAAAACCAUCGUCAUUUAUUUAAUCUGUAGCCUAAUAAACUGCACGCUUUCCCCACGAGCCAUAGUAAGAGGACCACACGUCAUUGCGUGACUAGAACUUUACUUCGAUGUGAUGGUUAUCAGUGGUGGAAAAAGUAACACAUUUGAGUAAAGACACCUUAACAGAAACCGCAACUCCCAGGUAUUGCAAAUACCUGGAAAUGUAAAAACGAAGGAAUUUCAGGUAUUUGCUGUGAAGGGGUACUCCAAGUUAAGGAGCCUUAAGUGUCUCUGGACAUGCUCUGUUUGUUUUGAGUUUAUAAUACUCAAAUAAAGGGGCUACGCCAUAGUGUCCUUGGAGACAAUAAACCUCUCAGGCAUUGUUGGUUUAGUAAAAGUUGUGACCUUAACCAAGCAUCUGGCGAGACACAGUUUAUCAGAGUAUGUGUACAUCAUUAGUCUCUAAGGUAGGUUUAGGUUAAAAAGUCUGCAGAGAAUUUUUGUUCAGGUCAAUGAUUCAUAUGUCCUUGCUCAGCUCAUAAAUGGAGAUGAGUAACAAUACAUCAAAAUGUAUCUUCGUACAAAAUGUAAAAUACCCUAAAUGUACCAAAAUAAAAUACAAAAUGCAGUGCAUUACUGUUAUCGUAUUAUGGUCACUGUAGUGAAGGUAUUAAUAAAUUACAUUCAUUGAGGGGAGAUGGGGUUUGUAUUUUACCAUAUAUCCAUGGGAUUGGUGCAAGCAAUGACUGCUAGGUAAUGUGUUUAUAUAUUACAGCAUAUCAUUAAUACUUUUUUUGGUUACUACUUGAUUCCCUAUGUGUUGUUUCAUAGUUUGUCUUCACUAUUACUCUACAAUGUAGGAAAUAGUAAAAAUAAAGAAAAACCCUUGAAUGAG